AUGCGCCUUGGAUUCAACCAUAUUGACAAGCUUGACUUUCUAAAGGCCUAUCCUAUAGCUCGCCAGGAAGUCUUUAAGGCUCAGAACAUUCAAAACGGCUUCGCUGCAGCUGGUAUCUAUCCUUUUGAUCCACAGAGGGUGCUUGAUAAGCUUAAUAUUAAGCUAUCUACUCCUACCCCCCCAGGAAGCCGUAGCGGGCACUCUACAAGCUCCUCAACGCUAGCUACACCUCAUACAAUCCGUCAACUACAUAAGCAGGCUUCCUCAGUCAAGAAGCUACUCAAAAAGGGUUCUCAAAGUCCUUCAACACCUUCAAAACGGGCGCUACAGCAGAUAAUAAAGGGUUGUGAGAUAGCUCUAUACAACGCUGCUAUUCUAGCACAGGAAAACCACGAUCUCCAACUCAAUGAAAUACACGUGUUUUGGUUGUUGUGUAUAGCUUCAAGUUUUCGACCGCGGUCAGAAUUCGAUGUUGGUGUCCGGUUCGGUCGGGUGUCCGGUUCGGUUGGGAAUUACGUUAAGUUCCGGUGCUUGGUCAGCCUUGGCGGCCGGGACCCGUUGAGCGCAGCACGGGCGUGUCCAGUCUUUGUCCCCUCGCUCCGCUGCCUCUAUCAAAACAAUCCCAACCUCUGGCCUUCAAACUAUGAACUCCCUCUCCGCUCGGCCAUAGUCUGCGCUCAAUGGUCGUGUGACGCGGUGAAGGUGAUCUUCAGCGGUAAGUUUGGUAAGUAUUUUCUCUUUCAGCACCGUCUUCCUGUUCAUUCUGGUCCAUACGGAGUUUCUUUCGACUCGAUGGCAUCCUCUCCACUUCCGGCGACCCCGAAACCAGCUCCAGCCGACGACAAUCAGUCCCCUGGCAAGUGGCGGCAUCCGCGCCUCAAUGAAAUCGUGAGGCGACAAAACGCCGCGAUCUUCGACGAUCGCAACGUGAAGAAGCUUGUGUGGAAUGGCGGAGCACUUUUUGCAACCGUGUUUCUCAAGAGCACCUUGAAGACUUAUGCUCAUCGAUUGACGCUGCUCUCGCAAUUCUCUAUAUACCCCGACAUUAUUAUCCUCCUUCUACGCCUCAUCUUUCUAAUAAAUAUCUUCACUGCCCUGUACCCUCUGUUUCGGCCAAAAGACGACCUCUCCGACAUCCCUCUCACGCCUACCCAGCGGGCUCUCCUCGGCCUUGACCCCAGGAGCACCCCCCCAGCGACACCUGGCACACAAUAUAUUACGCCACCAAGGUAUCGGCUCUCCUCCGGUUCACGAGCGGGAAGCCCUGUCAGUCGCAGCACGUCACCGCUUUCAACGGGCGGCAGUCCCGCUGGGCGCAGAGCAUCUUUCUCACCGACAGCAAGUCCUCUAUUUCAGAAAGCAGUUGCAAAUGGGAACAGAGAAGGCGUGCGUAGGCAAAGCUUUGGAUCUAGUUCUUUAAGUUCGUCUCUCAGAGAUUCGACCAUAUCGCGGCUCCCUGCGUCUCCGUCGCCGGUGGGAACCAAAGGAGCAUUGCGAUCAUACCAUGUCUCUGUUGGGAGUAAGGAAUAUAAAUGUUAUGGCUACUUCACAUUGUUUCUUUUUUCGUUUCGUUCUAUCGGCCUUCCCAUGCUUAACACUAUAGUCAACGCCUUCUGGGAGCUCCCCGAAUCGACCGAGGAUGUCUUCAGUAUAUUUACUCCAGCGGACAUACGACGAACGCGAGAUACUGCAUUAACAAACCUCGAAACCCUUUUACUCGCAGUAUGUUCUCGCCUUUUCGUCCUCAAGAACCAUCCUUCUUUUCCCGACCCCGAACUCGCACCAGACAGGGACGCCCUGAACUGCAUUCGCAUUCUCACCCGGAUACUGCCAUUCAUCUACGAGGCAGAGCACCUGGAGGAAUGGGAAGAGAAGUUCUUUUGGGGACGGCGCAGGAGGAAGACUCGCCAGGCACAGGUUGCAACAGAGGUUCUCUUCGAUCAGGCGCAUGGUGAAGAGCAAGAGGCGCAGGCACGACCGCAGGACGGCGAUUACGAAGAUGUGAAGCCAUUGGCAGAAGAGUUGAUAGAUACGCUCCUGGACUUGCUGUUCUAUACGGGCUUCACGAUUCCAAAGCUUGCGACAGCAAAGACAAAGGUGUCAUAUUCGAUCUGGCAGAGCGGGGUGGGCUGCAACAGCGCAAUGGUCUCGACAAAGGAACAUGAAAAUAAUCGAUGCGAAAUACUGAGACUAUUACUUACUCUGACCGGGAAGUCAAUGUAUAUGUCUCCGACUAUUCUGCCUGUCAAAGGAGUUAAGGCCCUUACAUACAUUGCGACAUGCCCCGACAAACAGAUUGUCCUAACUUUGCUAUGUUCAUUGCUGAAUACCACUAUCAAAUACAACCCCGCCAUAUGGAGGGUGCCAUACGACCAUGUUGUGUGGAAAGAUCCAAAGCAGAUCCUUGUCAUGUACUGCUUGCAAUUUCUUCUGGUAAUCAUUUUAUAUCCUAUCCCUGAAGACGGACGUGGUGUUCCUCCGAAGAACUAUUACCGCCACUACUUCGGGCGGCUGCAUAGACCCCAGGAUUUCCAAUUCCUUGUCGACGGCAUGACCAGGAUAUUGAAUCAACCAAUGCAAGCCACGACAUCAUACCUACCCGGGAGCCAGAAGUCGGUGAAGUGGGCUCCAGAGAUGCUCAUUCUGUUUUGGGAAGCGUUACAGUGCAACAAACGAUUUCGAUCGUUCAUCAUUGAUUCCAACCGCUCGCAUGACUUUGUCAUCCUGUGUCUCUUUUAUGCAAUUGAGUACCGAGGUGAUCCCUCCAAACAAGGGGUCGUGAAAAUGUGCAUUUUUAUUCUUCAAACGCUGAGCGUGGAGCUCAAUUUCGGGAAGAACCUGAACAAGAAGUUUACAGCCCAAGAUACUCUACCGCAAAGCAUCCGUAUUCCCGGAUUUCGAGGCACAUAUGCAGAUUAUCUCAUAAUGUCGAUCCACACUCUCAUGACCACGAGCAAAGGAAAGCUAGAUGCAGUUUACCCAGCUCUCCUGGCUAUCUUAAAUAACAUAGCUGCUUACGUGGAGGGUCUGUCGCCGGCCACUUGUUCCAGGAUACUCCAAUUAUUUACGUCAAUGUCGGCUCCCAGUUUUCUAUUGGCGAACGAGACAAAUCAUACCCUCCUUCGCUCUUUGCUCGAGUUUAUUAACGCCAUUCUUGAGCACCAGUUCACAAAAAAUCCGUAUCUGGUUUACGGUAUCCUCAAAGCCAGAAAGCGGUUUCAAGCCCUUCGAACCUUCACUCUCGAAAGCGGACAGCAGGAGAUUGAACGUCAAAAUCAGCUCAGGAAAGCGAACUCUGGCUCGAACGAUGGUGUCACUAGCCCCACGUCGCAGUCGGUCGAAGACCUUCGGAGGUCAUCGGGCACGAAAUCACCAUUGACUCACAUACCGGAAGAGAACAGCCCCUUCGCCAUCGGAGGGGAUGAUUCGGAUGAUGAGGCAGAGGCUCCAAACACUCCAUCGCAAUCUUCUCCGUCCCUUCGUAACUCACGCACCCCUUCGAUAUCGUCAUCAGCCGACGACAACGUUCCCCCCCAGUUACGAGGGAUGUCGGAAAAGGCGCGAGGCAAGAUGCCUGCUGGGCAGAUGACAUUUUCAAGACAGAACAGCGUCACCAGUCUAAGCAGCCAUACAGCAACGAUUCCGUCUGCGUCUACCCAUUUUACCCCCACAUCAGCCUGGCUCGAGUCGUGGCUGGUGGAGCUUCCUCUUCACACGAUUCUCACGAUCAUUUCAUCGAUUUUCCCCCAUAUUCCUGAGAGUGCUUUGCAAUCAUCAUCCGAUCCCGAGGCUAGAACCCUGAUCAACAAUCUGCCGACUUUCGCAGAUGAGCCGAAUAUCCAGGCUCUGUUAUCUGAGCCGUCACCCAUUCGCGUGCACGCCUUCGAAUGGUCAGCACUCGCCCUAGGUUGGUACGAAUCUUUGCUUUGGGGAUUUAUUUUCGCCAGCGAGAUGGUCGUCGGGUCCGCAUCCAAUCCUACCCCUGGCACGGUUGGAGUCUGGAAUGGAACAGGCAUCAAGCUCUUUAAGGUCCAAGAGACGGCCGCACAGGGACCUACGCUGUUGGCUCCGAAGGGCGCGGUGGACGCCGUCGGAAGCAGCUUGGUACAACGCAUUGGGAACUUGAGCUUCCGGGGUCGAACCGGAAACUCUCAAGAGGCAUCCAACAGUUCUCGGGCACCCAGCCGCUCUAUUUAUGUCUAUAUUUUACCCGAAGCAAGUCUGUAUAUGUUAGAUGCUUCUUUUUUUGAUCAGCUUAUUAUGAAUUUUUCCAACUCUCUAUUGAUACACCCGAUGGAGGUCUCCAUGCUACUGCUGCGAAUGAUGAUGUUUUCUCGGUCGAUGUCGUCGCUCUCACUGGCUAUCUCAGCUGGGCUCUUGAUCGGAAGCGAAGCCCCGAUCUCGUCGAGUCUCCAGAAUAUUUUGAAAAAUACCCAUGGCAGCCCAGCUUAUGAGUACCCCACAGACUUGACAAAGGGAAUCAUGCCCAUACCCGUACACUCACAUAAAUCUGCCAUUCUACACCGGUAUGAAUACAACGACCAGGAGAUGGCAACGUCUCCGAACGCGACUAACGUUUAUGAAGCUCUUUCAAAGGGCUGUAUCUCAACUGAAGCGGAUGUAUGGCUGAUCAAUGGCACACUUUACACGCUCUACCUCUUUAUCGAUGCCAAAACCUCCGGUCCGGACACUUUCCAAGCCGUCAUCUCUGCCCUUGCUCCCCUGCGCGAACAGGGUUACCUAACGACACUGAAGGAUAACAAGACUAUCAUCAAUGGUCCUGUCACAGUGAUUGGAACGGGUAAUACACCACUGAGCAUGGUUGGUCCCGUGGCGAAUCGCGACUACUUCUUCGAUGGCCCUCUCGAGUCUUUGGGUGAACCGCAAUAUGCGGACAUCACGUCCCUGAUCUCCCCCAUUGCGUCUACCGACUUUGCAGCUGUUUUUGGGACGUUGAGUUCAGAUGCGGAUCCGGUCUUCUCGACUGAUGAAUUAAGUAUGCUGCGACAGCAGAUUGCCACGGCGAAAAGCCGGGGCAUCGGCGGCCGGUACUGGGGUACGCCAUAUUAUCCCAUUAGGAAGAGAAAUGAGGUCUGGAGGACCUUAUUGCGAGAAGGAGUCGCACUUCUGAAUGCAGACGACUUGGAUGCAGUGUCACAAUACUUCUGA